AUGACUUGGUCUUGUGAUAGGUUGAGAGUUCCUUUCGCGUUUGUGAACAAGAAGAAGAGAACAACAGGUCGUGUGGCAAGGAGUUUUGGAAUUCAAGAAAAUGGCUAUUAUGGGUGUAUGCUUGGAGCCGAUGGAAUCGUUGCCCCUGUGGUAGAAGUUUCGUCUUCCUUUUAUGUGAAAGCUGAAUGGUUCUCCAUAUUAGUGUUAAGCUUAUCAUCUUCUACUUUUGUCAACGAUGUAGAUAUUGAGGCUGAUAUCCGCGCAUUACAGCUUGAUUCCGCAGAAGAAAACAAUGGAGUUGGAGUUGUCGUUCCGGCAGAUCAGAACACAGAUGGAAGAGCUUCCGAGGAUCAUGAUGAGGAAAUGCUCCAUCCAGUGCAUAACCCAGCGAAAGCCAAAGGAAAGGCUGCCAAAGAGGAAGCGGAAGAAGUGGCAGAAGCAAACAAAAAGAGACACUUAAAUGUGGUGUUCAUUGGACAUGUUGAUGCUGGAAAAUCUACUAUCGGAGGACAAAUUCUAGUCCUUAGCGGUCAGGUGGACGAACGACAAAUCCAAAAGUAUGAAAAGGAAGCAAAAGAAAAAAAUAGAGAAAGCUGGUAUAUGGCAUAUAUAAUGGAUACAAAUGAAGAAGAGAGGGCUAAGGGUAAAACAGUUGAAGUUGGAAGGGCUCACUUUGAAACUGAGACCACCAGAUUUACAAUUCUGGAUGCCCCGGGCCACAAGAGUUAUGUACCAAAUAUGAUUAGUGGAGCAUCUCAAGCCGACAUUGGUGUCCUGGUGAUAUCCGCUCGUAAAGGUGAAUUUGAAACAGGAUAUGAGAGGGGUGGGCAGACACGUGAGCAUGUUCAACUUGCAAAAACAUUGGGAGUGUCAAAGCUAGUGGUUGUUGUGAACAAGAUGGAUGAUCCAACUGUUAACUGGUCAAAAGAGAGAUACGAUGAAAUAGAACAAGAAAUGAUACCGUUUCUUAAAUCCUCUGGCUACAACACAAAGAAAGAUGUUAUCUUCCUGCCUAUAUCUGGUUUAAAGGGGAUUAAUAUAGACAAGCAUAUGGAUAGAAACGUUUGUCCUUGGUUUAGCGGCCCUAGCUUUUUUGAAGUCCUCAAUGCUAUUGAAGUUCCGCCACGGGAUCCUAAUGGUCCAUUCAGGAUGCCCAUUAUUGAUAAAUACAAAGACAUGGGAACUGUUGUUAUGGGAAAGGUAGAGUCUGGCAGCAUCCGGGAGGGUGAUUCCUUGAUUGUUAUGCCAAAUAAGGAACAUGUGAAAGUUGUUGCUAUAUAUUGCGAUGAAGAUAAAGUUAAGCGCGCUGGGCCGGGUGAGAAUUUGACAGUCCGUAUAACUGGCAUUGAAGACGAGGAUAUCCUUGCAGGUUUUGUUUUAUCCAGCACGGUAAAGCCUGUACCUGCCGUUACUGGGUUCGUUGCCCAACUACAUAUCCUUGGACUGCCUGACAAGGCGAUUUUUUCAGCUGGUUACAAGGCUAUUCUUCACAUUCAUGCAGUUGUUGAGGAAUGUGAGAUAAUUGAAUUGAUAAGCCAAAUUGACAUGAACACGAGGAAACCCAUGAAAAAAACAAAAAUUCGGAAUGUGAACAAUGGUGCUGCUGUUGUCUGCCAUAUACAGGUUAGCAAUUCAAUAUGUGUUGAAAAAUUCUCAAAUUUUCCGCAGCUUGGAAGAUUCACUCUACGAACUGAAGGGAAAACAAUUGCUGUUGGAAAAGUGACUGCGCUCUCAGGUGCUUCCUUAGGCGCUUGAUCUCAAUCUUGCGAGGAAAAAGGAGACGGCUUUCGAGUUGCACCAAGAGGGGGU